AUGCGGGUCGGCAUCACCUGCAGCGCUGGCGUGAGCCCAGAUGGUCAGGGCCACGCAGCUCUGGGGCCGGCAGCUCCUCCAGGGGCCGUGCUGGGACUGGGCACCACCGGCUCACCCCCACAUUCUGUCUUUGCAGGCGAUGGCAAUCCAAAGGAGAGCAGUCCCUUCAUCAACAGCACAGACCUGGAGAAGGGCAAAGAAUACGAUGGCAAGAACAUGGCCCUCUUCGAGGAGGAGAUGGACACCAGCCCGAUGGUCUCGUCCCUGCUGAGUGGGCUGGCCAACUACACCAACCUGCCACAGGGCAGCCGGGAGCACGAGGAGGCUGAGAACAAUGACGGGGGCAAGAAGAAGCCAGUUCAGGCUCCACGGAUGGGCACCUUCAUGGGCGUCUACCUGCCCUGUCUCCAGAACAUCUUCGGGGUCAUCCUGUUCCUGCGCCUCACCUGGGUGGUGGGGAUCGCCGGCAUCAUGGAGUCCUUCUGCAUGGUCUUCCUCUGCUGCUCCUGCACGAUGCUGACAGCCAUUUCCAUGAGUGCGAUUGCCACCAACGGCGUGGUGCCAGCGGGCGGCUCCUAUUACAUGAUCUCACGCUCCCUGGGCCCUGAGUUUGGUGGGGCUGUGGGGCUCUGUUUCUACUUGGGCACCACCUUUGCCGGCGCCAUGUACAUCCUAGGCACCAUUGAAAUCCUUCUGGCCUACAUCUUCCCGCCCAUGGCUAUCUUCAAGGCAGAGGAUGCCAGCGGGGAGGCGGCGGCGAUGCUCAACAACAUGCGCGUCUAUGGCACCUGCGUCCUGACCUGCAUGGCCACCGUGGUGUUUGUGGGUGUCAAGUACGUCAACAAGUUUGCCCUGGUCUUCCUGGGCUGCGUCAUCCUCUCCAUCCUUGCCAUCUAUGCCGGUGUCAUCAAGUCAGCCUUCGACCCACCGAGCUUCCCGAUCUGCCUGCUGGGCAACAGGACCCUCUCGCGCCACGGAUUCGACCUCUGCACCAAGGUGGUGGUGGAGGGCAACGAGACGGUGGGCUCCAAGCUCUGGGAGCUCUUCUGCACCUCCCGCUUUCUCAACGCCACCUGCGACGAGUAUUUCACCAUGAACAACGUGACCGAGAUUGAGGGCAUCCCCGGUGCUGCCAGCGGCCUCAUCCAGGAGAACCUCUGGAGCUCCUACCUGACCAAGGGAGUGAUCGUGGAGAAGCGGGGGCUGCCCUCCGUGAGCCCCCCUGACACGCCAGUGGACAUGGACCAGCCCUACGUCUUCAGCGACAUGACCUCCUACUUCACCCUGCUCGUGGGCAUCUACUUCCCCUCGGUCACAGGCAUCAUGGCUGGCUCCAACCGCUCUGGGGACCUGCGGGACGCACAGAAGUCCAUCCCCACGGGCACCAUCCUGGCCAUCGCCACCACCUCUGCGGUCUACAUCAGCUCCGUCGUGCUCUUUGGGGCGUGCAUCGAAGGUGUCGUCCUGCGCGACAAGUUUGGUGAAGCUGUCAAUGGGAACCUGGUGGUUGGCACCCUGGCAUGGCCGUCCCCAUGGGUCAUUGUCAUCGGCUCCUUCUUCUCCACGUGUGGGGCUGGGCUGCAGAGCCUCACCGGAGCCCCGCGCCUCCUGCAAGCCAUCUCCAGGGAUGGGAUUGUGCCCUUCCUCAGGGUCUUCGGCCAUGGCAAAGCCAAUGGGGAGCCCACAUGGGCUCUGCUGCUCACCGCCUGCAUCUGUGAGAUCGGGAUCCUGAUCGCUUCCCUGGACGAGGUGGCUCCUAUCCUGUCCAUGUUCUUCCUCAUGUGCUACAUGUUCGUCAACCUGGCCUGUGCGGUGCAGACGCUGCUGCGGACACCCAACUGGCGGCCACGCUUCCGCUACUACCACUGGACCCUCUCUUUCCUGGGCAUGAGCCUGUGCCUGGCGCUGAUGUUCAUCUGCUCCUGGUACUACGCGCUGGUCGCCAUGCUGAUCGCCGGCCUCAUUUACAAAUACAUCGAGUACCGCGGGGCGGAGAAGGAGUGGGGUGACGGGAUCCGGGGGCUGUCACUGAGUGCCGCCCGCUACGCCCUGCUGCGGCUGGAGGAAGGCCCCCCCCACACCAAGAACUGGAGGCCCCAGCUGCUGGUUCUGGUCCGUGUGGAUCAGGAGCAGAACGUGGUGCACCCACAGCUCCUGUCCUUCACUUCACAGCUCAAAGCAGGCAAGGGCCUCACCAUUGUGGCCUCUGUGCUGGAAGGGACCUUCCUGGACAACCACCCGCAGGCGCAGAGAGCGGAGGAGUCCAUCCGCCGCCUGAUGGAAGCGGAGAAGGUGAAGGGCUUCUGCCAAGUGGUGAUCUCCUCCAACCUGCGGGACGGCAUGUCGCACCUCAUCCAGUCCAGCGGGCUGGGUGGGCUGCAGCACAACACGGUGCUGGUGGGCUGGCCCCGCAGCUGGCGCCAGAAGGAGGACCACCAGACCUGGAGGAACUUCAUCGAGCUGGUGCGAGAGACCACGGCUGGGCACCUGGCUUUGCUGGUGGCCAAGAACGUUGCCAUGUUCCCGGGCAACCAGGAGCGCUUCUCGGAGGGCCACAUCGACGUCUGGUGGAUUGUCCAUGACGGGGGGAUGCUCAUGCUGCUGCCCUUCCUCCUGCGGCACCACAAGGUCUGGCGCAAGUGCAAGAUGCGUAUCUUCACGGUGGCACAGAUGGAUGACAACAGCAUCCAGAUGAAGAAGGACCUGACGACAUUCCUGUACCACCUGCGCAUCACAGCAGAGGUGGAGGUGGUGGAGAUGCAUGAGAGCGACAUCUCGGCCUACACCUAUGAGAAGACGCUGGUGAUGGAGCAGCGCUCCCAGAUCCUCAAGCAAAUGCACCUCACCAAGAACGAGCGGGAGCGGGAGAUCCAGAGCAUCACGGAUGAGUCUCGUGGCUCUAUCCGGCGCAAGAACCCAGCCAACACACGCCUGCGCCUCAGUGUCCCUGAGGAACAGGUGGGCGAUGGAGAGGAGAAGCCAGAGGAGGAGGUCCAGCUCAUCCACGACAAAAACGCCACCACCUUCUCCAGCAGCUCCCAGUCCCCUGCCGAUGAGGCGGAGACGGCCCCUGAGAAGGUGCAUCUCACCUGGACCAAGGAGAAGACCGUGGCUGAGAAGAACAAGAGCAAGAGCCCCGUCAGCCCUGAGGGCAUCAAGGACUUCUUCAAUAUGAAGCCGGAGUGGGAGAACCUGAACCAGUCCAAUGUGAGGAGGAUGCACACAGCCGUGAAGCUCAAUGAAGUGAUCGUGAAAAAGUCCCAGGAUGCCAAACUGGUCCUGCUGAACAUGCCGGGGCCGCCCCGCAACCGGAAAGGAGAUGAAAAUUACAUGGAGUUUCUGGAGGUGCUGACGGAGCACCUGGACCGAGUGCUUCUGGUGCGUGGUGGGGGCCGGGAGGUCAUCACCAUCUACUCCUGAAAUACCGCGCAAGAGAGGUUUGUCCACACCCCAAGAGCCCCGCCACCCCCUGCACCGCGCUCCUGGAGGGGAGGAGGGAAGGCCUGAUGGCAGCCGGUGCACAAAAACUUCACCUGGCUUUAGCCGUGCCCCUGAUCUCUCCAUUCGAACUGCAGCACCAGAUCUUCCGGGAGCAUCCAGCACCAGAGCAGCUGUUCCUCAUUGCAACGUCACAGCACUGCUGUCCUUGUUUAUAUAUAAAUAUAUACAGUGUACCGCGGACUGAGCACCGGAGCCCAGCGCUGCCGCCACCGCCGGCCCCAGCAGGGCCAGCCCCUGCUGCCAGCCCCACGCUGCUCCUCGCAGCCCCCCCAGCCAGGCAGGAGGGCAGCUGUGCCGAGAUGGGCUCCCGGGCCCUGCUGUGCUGCUACCCCCCUGCGGAGCUUGGCUGGAUGUGCCUGUGCCCUGUGACUGCCCGAUGCCCGACGCUCACGCCCUGCCUCUCUGUGGAGGUGCUGGGAGAAGAGAGAGGCCACCAGCAUGCUUUCCUCGCCGGAUGCUCCUCUCCCCACCUCUGGCAGUGCCCGCUGGCCCCGGGAGGGCCGGGGCCCCUGACUGUGCUGGGCCUGGGGAGCCCCAACUGCCGCUGCCCGUCUGGAGGCCUAGGGCCAUGCUCACCGAGAGGCACUCGAGAUGGUUUGGAGAGGGGCAGAGGGUGGGGGGCAGCCGAGGGGGUCGGGAUGCUGGAGAGCAGCAAUCCCACUGCAGCAGGAGCUCUGGCCUGGGGUGGGUGGCGAUGAUCCUUGUCCCCCUCCCUGCUGACCCCGGCUCCGUCUGCCCUGGCUCUUGUGCUGUUGUCACUGCUUGGAGCCACAGUGUCUGCAGUGGAGCAGAUGCUCCACCGUGCCCAGCGUCAGUUGGAGCCACUUGGGACUGCGGGGGUGCCACCAACCCCAGGCACCUGUGCCUGCUCGUGGCCUGAGCGCAGAACUCGUGCCACACUGGGGUUUCUGGGGGCUGUCUAGACCCCACACUGGCCAGCCCACCAGUCCCCCACGUCCCGCUGCGUCUGCAGGGCUUUACCCUUAGCCACUAUCCCUGGCCCCAGGCACAGGUGCUGCUGUGGGGCUCUAGGAAACUUGGGAUUUGCGGGUAGUUUUUAACAUAUGCAAAGUCAGUUUGACUGGUCUCAGCCCUGCUGCGGUAGCUCUGGCUGGGCCCUGCAGCAUGGAGGUGGUUGUGGGGGCCCUGUGCCCCCUGGCACUCACAGCUGUGCUCCUGCUCCCCAGCACCAUGCUGGUGCUGGGGCAGUGCCAUGGGCAGAACCCAGAGCCCCUGGAGCCACUGGCCAGGGUGGCGUGGUCCGCAGCCCGUCCCCUCCCACCACAGCCCUGCAGCAGGCAGCAGGACGCGGCGGGACAGUGUGGUGCGCCCCUCAAACAUGUCCUACCUUCGACAGCAGCUGCAGAGCCACCCCCGUCCCCCACAGCAUCUCUCAUGCCAGAGAAACUGAGGAGCUUUUAACAAAUGUGAACGGUUCCAGGAACCACGCAGGAAGCGGUGCCAGGGGCAGCCAUGGCAUGCCGUCAUCCGGCCCUGGCCCCAUGUACAUAGUGUACAUAAUACAGUACGUGUAUUUUUAAAGUGAUCAUAUUUAUGUUAAUAGAACCAGAUGAAGUCUAUAUAUAGAGAUCUAUAUCUAUACUGAGAGAUGCAGGGCUAUGCUAGCACCAGGCUGUGGGGACGGAGGUGUGUGACAGGCUGCUCCUGCAUGAAAAGGGCGCCCAUCCGCCGGCACCGAGUGCCCUGGGGUGGUGGUGAAGGCUGUCGCCUUCCCAGCCACCAGCAGCCCCUGGGAACGGGCCAGGUUGUGGGUUCAUUCUCUUCUCGAUUUAGCUUCUUAAAAGUUUCAGGGAAAAGAAAUUACAGACUUUUCUGAACUUAUUUCACAGCAGAUUUGAGCUUCCACUCGAAGUGCAGCCUGCUAAGAGUUGCCCUCUCCUGGCAGUGCUGGCUGCUUUGUGUCAGCCUGGCCCUGCACAGCAGCAUGUUGUCCCCUCCACGCGUGGUGGACUGUGAGGGUGACCCGGCCAGAGCUGAGCCCAGCACUGGAGCUCUCCUCCUCCGCCCCCUCCAGAUGGCCCCAACACCUCCCCUCGCCCCGUGGCACCGUGCAGCCCGCAGUGUCCUGGCCGGCAAGGAGGAGCGGGUGCUGUGCUGCGUCCCCCUGGGUGGCUGGGCAGCAGUUAGCACCUGCUCCAGCCCCACAGCCCUGGCAGCCAGCCCUGUGCUCGCCCACCCGUCCUGCGGGCUGGGGCCAGCUGCAGCCCCCAGCUCCAGCCUCCGGGAGGGCGGGCAGGAAGCUCCCUCUGCACAGGAUGACUCUGUCCCCUCUUCCUCUGCAGAGAUUCUCUACUCCUCCAGUUCCAGGCCAAAGCUAUAUGGGGUAUGGGGCUGCUUGGAUAGAAAGAAGUUUUGGUUCAUUUGUGCUUUUUUUUUUUUUUUUUUUUUUUUUUUUUUUUGUUCUUUAAGAGACUACUUGGACACACUCCCAGACCAAAACCAAGCCCCAGCUGCACAUCUGUGCCUGUUUAUACCUUGCUCCUACAUUUCCAUCACUCCCAAAGUGCCUCCCUUCUUUCCAGCAGCAGCCCCAGCCCCAGCCAGGCUUUCUGCCAUGGUAGCUCAGCUAGCUGCACAGAUGCAGCAGGUUGCAUCACAGACUGGUGUGGAAGAUAGUGCCAAGAGACCGGUUCCCUGCUGCCAGGGGAGCCCAGCAUUUACAGAAGAGGAAAGUCAGGCUGGGACGCAGUCUCAGCACAAAGGCUCUGGGCUGAU